AAGUUGUCAAAGUCAAAAUUAAGCAGAAAUGGCGAAGCUAGGCGAAUUGACGGAGGACGAAAAAUCUUUGUUUUCACAUCUCAACAAAGGUGAUUUUGAGGAGGCUUCAAGGCUCUUGCGUUCAGGAAGUGUGAGGAUCGACUGUUUAGAUGAGCAUGGCAUGACCCCACUGAUGUGUGCGGCAUACAAAGGCAAAGCAGAAAUGUGUGAGCUGCUGAUAGCUCAAGGAGCAGAUGUGAACUCUAACCACCAUGAACAACAGUACACAGCUCUCAUGUUUGGUUGUCUCUCAGGGUCUGUAGAUGCUACAAGGGUAUUGCUUGAAGCUGGAGCGAGGGUUAAUGCAGAAAACAGUCUUGGGAGAACAGCUGCUCAGCUGGGAGCUUUCAUUGGUCAAAGUGAAUGUGUCAGUCUUAUUAACAACUUCCUGUCAGUGGAUGAUUUGGGGUAUUACACAAAGCCUCAAGGCCUAGAAAAAGAACCCAAGCUAUCAGUGGCCUUGGUACCAGCACUCCACAAGUUUGCUGUCAGUCAAAAUUUAUGCCCAGUGAAGAUUGCUAUGUAUCUGCAAGAUAACUUUGAACUUGUUAAGAACUACAAGAGUUUAGUUAAAGUUAUGGAGCUCCUAACAGAGUCAAAGAUUAAGUCAAAGGAGAUGCAAGAAGUGCUGGCCAUGAAGAUGCACUACCUGGGAUUUAUGUUAAAAAAAUGUGCACACUGGAACGAAAAACUGGAGGGAAAAGGUGGAAUUGAUGGCUUCAUAAAAUUCUUAACAAAAGGGCGCUCAUCCGAUGGCUUUUUCAUUAAUAUGGAAGAUAUUAUACGGCAAGCGAUAAAAGAGUUCGAUUAUCCAGAAUGUACCAUUUUCAAACAGCUCGUUCAAACAAUAGCACCUGUAGAGAAGGGGCGUGAUCCAACAGCUCUCGCCGUGAUAACUCAGAGCAUAAAUGGCCUCCGCUGUGGUGACUUUAGUGACUGCUGUGUGGUUUGUAUCGAGAAACGGAAUGUGAAGAAAUGCUCAGCAUGUAAAAUGGUUGGUUACUGCAGUGUGAGAUGCCAGAAGCUUCAUUGGCAGUCUCACAAGAAGUUUUGUAAGCAGCUGGCCAAAGACUACGAAGAACAGCUUGCUGCACAGUUGGCAGAAGAAAAACUCGAGGACGGAAUGAGCCUCAAAACUCAGCAAGGAAAGCCAGGCCUCAUGAAUGGUGAAAAGAAACCUUCGGCCAACCGGAAAAGCGACGAAGCUGUAAACAGCCAUAGAUUAAAAACUGAAAACGAUCAAAACACGAACACUAGAACUAAUAGCGACAUAGAAGGCACAAAUUCAUCGGAGAGUUAACGCAGAAAAGGUUGAUAUGACGGAACGUGGAGAAACUGCGACGAUAGUUGGCUUAGACUUGUAACCGAAGAAUGUUUUUUAACCCUUUUACUCCCAAGAUCCAAGAAGUUAUUCUCCCUUCUGAAUGCCAUACAUUUCCUUGUAAAUACGACAGGAGAACUUGGUUUUGUAUUGUGCUCUAACUGACAAGCUCUUCAGUUCUCGUAACCUGUGAGCAGAAUGUUGUACUGAAAUCGUGUGAAGAGUACCUCUAUCUGUUUGGAGGUUUAAAUUAACUGCCCCAAAGUAACACCUAGCUGCGGUAAAAAACAAAAGUAGAGGAAACGCUGAACACGAAAGGAACCAGAACAUAAAGGAUUAAAAGAUGAGUGUGGAUUGCAUUUGUCAAUCUUGAAAAAGUGCGUGCUUGAUUUUCAAGAUUUAAAAACCACUGUCCCAGCUUCUUUACGCCAUGUUUUCAAGGUCUAGUUUACUUUUGGGCAUCACGGAGUUUUUGUCCGUCUGUUUUCCUUCAAAGUAUCUUUCAUAAGACUGCGAAAAUCUUCUCAAGAAGAAUCCGACCUCAAGACGUACACUAGUUAUUUAAAAGAAUGUAAGGGUUGUAUUGUUCGCGUUUUCAUGGGUUUAUCUCAGUCACUCGGCUGUUGAAUAUGUAAACGGAGAUAAGUCAUUGUUCACGGACAGUUUUACUCUGAAGGCCAUAUAGGAGAAUGUUCGUUUACGUUUAUCGUAAUUAACAUUCCAUGCGGCUAACAAUAAAAAAAAAGUUAAAAAAUAAAGCAAAUGAUAAUUGGACUAAGACGAAAAAGUACAGGUGUGGGUCUGAAAAAAUCAGCUCAUUACAUCGCGGAACGCUGUGAUUACUAGUUAAUAGAAAUGACUAAACUUCAAACUUCCAAGUAAAUCGAUCUUGGGGUCCCCUCGACAGAUGUUACCUGGUGAAAGCCCGCGAAUUCCUGACGAACUUAACAAUCGCAUUUCGUAAAUCGCGCCAGCCUCCGUUGAAAAACAAGGAGUCUGUAGAAAAGCUCUUCCGUUUUCAGAUUACAAAUUACAAUUUUUCCCCUCUCUUUCCCCUUUUUAUUCUCUUGUGUUCACGCGUGGCGCUCGUGAUUUCACGAAUUAGCCAAUCACGUCAAAGAACUCUAACCUUGACAUUAGAAAACUGCAUGACGUGGGCGUUUUUUUUUUUG